AAUGAAAUCAUCCAUCCAUAUUUUUCAUGUCAUAUAAUAGCUUUUUCCUCUCUGAAUGAAUAUACAAUGUCAUAAUUGGCAUCAUCUUAGCUAAUAGUUUAACAUUUUUGAAGGGAAAGGCCACCACGAGAGAGAGAGGGAGGGGGAGAGGGGUUUUGACUGUGGGAAUAAGGGAAGAAAGAAAAGUGAAAGAGAGAAAGGCCCAUUCACCUAAAAGCCUCUCCUCCAGAAACUAAGAAGAAGAAGAAGAAGAAGAAGAAAAAGAAGAAGAAAGGAUCGAUGACGACACGGAGAUGGGUAGAGAGAGAAGUUGUUGAAGAAUUUGCAGUAGUUGGAGGGCUGAUUGCGCUGCAGUUUGUGUAUGCUGCAAACACGUUGCUGCUAAGUUAUUUCAUGUCUUUGGGCCUCAAACCUCUUACCAUCGUCAUCUACUCCACCUCCGCUGCCUUCCUCAUCCUCUCUCCUCUCUCCAUUCUCUUUGAAAGGAGCAAAUGGCCCCAGAAAUUCAGUGUCAAGCUCUCGAUUCAGCUGGUUUUGAUUGCUUUUGGGGGGGUAACUUUAUUCCAAACUUUGAUGCUGAAAGGGAUUGAGCUAACUUCACCAGCAAUAGCCACGGCCAUGCCAAACCUUGCUCCCGGAAUCAUCUUUCUCAUUGCUGCUGUCCUCGGGUUCGAGAAAGUAGAGCUGAGUUGCCGGUACAGCAAAGUGAAGAUUGCAGGCACCUUAUUGUGCGUGGUUGGAGCCAUUGCGAUGAGCAUUCUGCAGGGCACCAACCAGCCUCCGUCUUCAAAGGCAGAAGAAACCAAUCUUCAAUUCUCACCUCAAAAGAUCGUCGGCUGCGCCUAUCUCAUGGCCGCUGUGUUUGUUCUAUCCUGCAACAUGCUCUUGCAGGCUUCGGCAUUAGCUGAAUUUCCAGCCCCAAUGUCCAUGUUUUCGAUAACAUCGGUGAUAGGGGUGGUCAUAUCUGCAACUGUAGAGUUUAUUAAAGACCGAAAGCUCGAUUUCGGAUGGUCCACUGUUGGUUUUGGCAGCCUUCUUUGCUAUUCUCUGCUGGGAGGCUUGGUUGGUGGUGUAAUGGUAAGUUUCAAUGGAUGGGCACUGCAGAAAAGAGGGCCAGUUCUUGUGUCCAUGUUUAGUCCCAUCGCAACUGUAGUCUCAGUCAUCAUAUCCUGCUUCACAGUUGGGGGGCUUCUGUCUCUAGGAAGCCUUGGCGGUAUGCUCCUCAUGUUCACCGGCCUCUACUUGUUUCUGUGGGCAAAAGGGAAAGAAGGUUUCUCCAUCGGAGAAAGUGAGGAAUACGAUGUGGAGAAAAGGCUCUUGUCUUGAUAUUUUUAAUAAUAUGGUUUCGGUUAAUUGUAAUCAGUGAAAUAUGUACAUAAAAAAGAACUGUAAAAGCCCAAGAAUGAGAAAAGUGCGGUGGUGCAGUGAUAAUACAUUGUGAUACCUUGAAAUAAGGCAGAGUCAUGGUCAUGGAUAAGGGGUUGGUUAAUGGGCUAUCUAUGUCCAUAUUCACACUUCAAUAUACUCGUUUUCGGAGGAGGGCUCUUAAAAGGGCAUUUUUAGUGUA